ACAGAGCCAGAAGCCCCAAUUCCUUCGAUGAGUAUUUCUGCUUCUUCCCCACUCUUGUUUUCUUCUCCGACUUCGAAACCUAGCCACCGCAAGCCGCUGCUCGUCUCCAUUCUUUGCUGAGCCGACGCCGUUGUUCUGCGUCCAGUUCUUCACAGCGUCAAUUCCUUUAUUUCCAUCUUCGGAUUCUUUUCCCUCCAGGGCUCUUGAAAUUUGUGUAGGAGUCUCUGCAUCUUUUUCUCCGUCUCAGUGCACAGUUAUCCAACUUGCCUGUCUUCAUCAGGCUGCCAUGCAGGGGAAUUCAUGUUGUGAAUCACUACUUUGUCUUUGGAGUUUCCUUUCCUUUGCUGUGAUUAAGGAUUUUGAUUGAGAUUUAUUUGGUGGGCAACCGAUUUUUUAUUGGGCUAUUGGAGCUGCACUUCUUCCGUGAAUAAGAUUUGGCAGCAGUUUGGUGUUAGGUACCAUGGCAAUUGAGAAGAACAACUUUAAGGCAUCAAGGCUUGAUUCUGAGUUUUCACCCCAUAGUAGGGAGACUAUGUCUAGUGAUGAGGAUGAUCUUCAGCGGCGUAACUCAGCUGUGGAAUCUGAUGAUGACGAUGAGUUUGAUGAUGCAGAUUCUGGUGCAGGGUCAGAUGACUUUGAUUUGCUGGAAUUGGGUGAAACUGGAGCAGAGUUUUGCCAAAUAGGCAACCAGACUUGCAGCAUUCCAUUGGAAUUAUAUGAUCUUCCUGGGCUUGAAGAAAUAUUGUCAGUGGAUGUUUGGAAUGAUUGCUUGAAUGAGGAAGAGCGAUUUGAACUGGCCAAGUAUCUUCCUGACAUGGACCAAGAGGCUUUUGUUCGAACCUUGACUGAUCUUUUUACUGGUUGUAACCUCCAUUUCGGGAGUCCCAUUAAGAAGUUGUUUGAAAUGCUUAAAGGGGGUUUGUGUGAACCAAGAGUUGCUCUUUACAGGGAGGGUUUGAACUUUUUCCAGAAACGACAGCAUUAUCACCUUUUGAGGAAGCAUCAAAACAACAUGGUUGUCAAUCUCUGUCAGAUAAGGGAUGCUUGGCUUAAUUGCAGGGGAUACAGUAUUGAAGAAAGGCUUCGUGUUUUGAACAUUAUGAGAAGUCAAAGGAGUUUGAUGUCCGAGAAGAUAGAUGAUUUGGUGGUUGGUUCAUCAGAUGAAGACUCUGGUGAAGGAAUAUGGAAUAGAAAGAACAAGGAUAGGAAGAAUGUGCAGAAAAUGGGCCGUCAGUCUUCUCAUGGGGCAGGUUCUGGUUUAGAAUUUCACUCAAGAGGACGAUCAGUGGGUAUGGAAACAGAAAGGUUUGGAAAGCAAAACCCGAAAGGCAUGCUUAGGUUGCCUGGAUUAAAGACAUCUAAAGCCAAGGAUCCAACUGAUUACUUGUCUUCUGGGUACCAUGGUUUGGAUAUGAAUCCUGGGCUAAAUGGUUCAACAAGUGUGUUUCCUCCACAAAAGUCAUUGGGCUAUGAUUCUGGGAUGAUGAUGAGGAUGAGAGGUCAUAUGAGGAACGGUGAUGCUGCUGAGGAAAUGACAUAUGAACUUGGUGUCCAACAAGAUCGAAAUGCAUUAUGUAGUAAAAUGAUGGAUAAGUCCGGUAUUAUGAGAAUGGGAAAGAGGCAUGACCUUCUAAGAAGUGAUGAAAUAGAUAAUGACAAUAUGAUGGGUCUAUCUUUGUCCUCAAAGGCUGAUCUGCAUGCCUACUCUCGGAAUGCAAACCAAUCUUCAGAUAUGAAAAUGUUCACAAAAAAAUCCUUAUCUACAAGAGGUUCUUAUGAUUUUUCUAGAAAGGCUAAGUAUACUGAAAAUGGCCAACAAUUUGAUGAUGAUCAAAUUAAGCCUAAACUCAGGGGAUCUCAGCUCCUACCUAAAGGAAGUCUUGUUGAUUCAUUAGAUCAUGAUGAAUUUUUUGGCAAUAGCAAAAACCCAGGAGAUGAAUCUGCUAUGGAUUCAUCAUUUCAGUGUGAUGAUUGGAAUUUGAGGAGCAAGAGGUGGAAGGCAGGGAGGGAGUCUCCUGAUCUUAGUUAUGCUGCGUAUAGAUCUUCUUCACCACAAGUGAGUGAUAGACAUGUUCCCACUGACGUCAGAAAAAAAUCAUUGCAGGAGAAGGUUAGAGGGGCUUUUGUACAGAAUGGAGGACAAGAUAUGCUGGCUUCAAGAGGUAAGAGGAUGCUUCAUAGAAGUGAAGAAACUGAAUCAGAUUCAUCAGAACAAUUGAAUGAUGAUGAGGAUGCUUAUCCAUUGUUGCAGAGCAAAUUCGCUUACUCAGUUAAUGAUGAUUCUCGCACGACAAUUUUGAAGUCUCGCCUAGAAGGCAAGGAGGCAAAAUUUGCGAAGAAAGACUUCAAGGGACAUGGGAAAGCUAAAUCCAAGAAGAUGGGUUAUUUUGGAGAGAAUUCUUUGCCUGGUGUAGAAAAUUUCCUUUCAAAGGAAAAGAAGAAAGGUAAAAUGCGCAAAAGUGGCCCUUUGCCAGAUUUUUCCAAUAAACUUUUGGAAGAGAGCUAUCCCUCAAGUUCAGAGAAGCUUAAUGACGGUGAUGAUGAUUGGAGAGAAAACUACAGGUUAGGCAAGAAUGGUCGAAUAACGCAGGAAUCGAUUGAAAGGUUAGACAUGCCUUUGUCAAAUGCUAACAGUUAUCAGCUAAAGAAGAAAGGGAAAGGCAGAGCGGAGUAUGAUCGUUCCAUUCUCAGGCCAAAAUACAUGAAUGAUUUCAUUGGUGAUGAGGAGAAUGACUCACAUGAUGCAAGGUUACUGGUGGAUGAUAAUGGAGUUGGUCAGAGCAGAUAUAGGAGGAAAGGGAAGAAAUAUGAUGGAUACAAGGAUGACCAUUAUGGAAAAUCUGAUGCAAAAUUUCUGGCUUGUAACUCAGUGACAAAGAAGUGGAAAGUGAAGGAUGAUGCGGCAGAUCUGGAUGGAAGAGAAAGAGAUGCCAAUCCUCUGUCUAACUUUCAGACUGAUGAUUCAACUUCCUUCAAGAGAAAGUCAAAGAGAAAAAUGGAAAUUGAGACAGUUAGUUCAGAUGUGGAUAUUUCUGAACUGCCCAUUACAGAUUUGGGAACAGCAGAUACAGAGCAUGAUGCAAAACCACAGAAAAAACCAUUUACUUUGAUUACACCUAGUGUUCAUACUGGAUUCUCUUUUUCUAUUAUACAUCUUCUUUCAGCAGUCCGUAUGGCAAUGAUUACCCCACUUGCAGAAGACAGUUUCGAUGUGGGAAAACCUAGAGAAGAUCAGAAUACAGCUCAUGAAGGUACUAUUAACGGUAUUCCCUCUAAUGAGAAGGUAACUACCAAUUCUGAGCUUGCUGGUCAGGUGAGUACUCCUCUUACUGUCCAGGAAAUUGUUCAACGUGUCAGAUCAAACCCUGGUGAUCCUUGUAUUCUUGAGACGCAAGAACCUCUACAGGAUUUGGUCAGAGGGGUUUUGAAGAUAUUUUCUUCAAAAACGGCACCAUUAGGAGCCAAGGGUUGGAAGGUGCUAGCUGUGUAUGAAAAAUCUACAAGAUGUUGGUCAUGGACUGGUCCAGUCUCUCAUAAUUCAUCUGACCAUGAUUCCAUUGAGGAGGUGACAUCUCCUGAAGCUUGGGGCCUCCCUCAUAAGAUGCUUGUUAAGUUGGUUGAUUCCUUUGCUAAUUGGCUAAAAUGUGGUCAAGAAACACUUCAACAAAUAGGAAGUCUUCCUGCACCACCUUUGGAAUUGAUGCAAGUCAACCUUGAUGAGAAAGAGAGAUUUAGAGACCUCAGAGCUCAAAAGAGUCUUAACACCAUUAGCUCAAGUUCUGAGGAAGUCAGGGCUUAUUUCCGCAGGGAGGAAGUUCUCAGGUACUCAAUUCCUGACCGAGCAUUCUCUUAUACUGCAGCAGAUGGUAAAAAGUCUAUUGUUGCACCCUUGAGAAGAUGUGGUGGUAAGCCAACAUCAAAAGCCCGAGAUCAUUUUAUGUUGAAACGUGAUAGACCACCACAUGUUACUAUCCUUUGUCUUGUUAGAGAUGCGGCUGCCAGGUUGCCGGGAAGUAUUGGCACUCGAGCAGACGUUUGCACAUUAAUUAGAGAUUCUCAAUAUAUUGUUGAAGAUGUCUCUGAUGCACAGAUUAACCAGGUGGUUAGCGGGGCAUUGGAUCGGUUGCAUUAUGAACGUGACCCUUGUGUACAAUUUGAUGGGGAAAGGAAGUUGUGGGUUUAUUUACAUAGAGAAAGAGAAGAAGAAGAUUUUGAGGAUGAUGGCACCUCAUCAACAAAAAAAUGGAAGAGGCAGAAAAAAGAUGCUGCAGAUCAAUCUGAACAAGGAGCAGUAACUGUUGCUUAUGAUGGGACUGGGGAGCAAAAUGGAUAUGACUUGUGCUCAGAUCUCAAUGCUGAACCAUCAGGUAUUGAGGAUGAUAAGGGAGGAGAGCUUGUGUCUGAUGAUGUGAGGCUAAAUGUGGAGGACAAUGUUGAUGCCAAUCUUGCAUCUGAACAAGGCAAUGCCGGUCAGGAUAAUUCAAUGGACUGGGAGACAAUUGGACUGAACUCAACUCGUGAGAGUAAACUUCUAUGCCAAGAGAAUUCUGCAAAUGAAGACUUUGACGAUGAAUCCUUUGGAAGAGAGAGGUCUGUUGGAGUAUCAAGUGCAAGCUUAUUGUGAAGAACUCUUCAGUCGUCAGCCUACCCGCACUGAGGAGCUCAAAUUUCCUUUUUCUAGUUGUGCUUGUAAAUAUUGCAGGUGCAGUAUCAUUAUAUAUUAAUUUUAUUUGGAAGUAUAGAAUAUGUAUGUUGUUGAAGAUGAUGGAAUACUAUUAGGUGGAUGCCUCUGGCUUCACAUCCCAAAAAUAAUUUCUUUUGAAUCUCAUUAUGUAGGAUCUGGAGUAUAUCCUUUUGUACACUGAAGGACCAAGGAGCCGAAUCUUACACUGUAUUGCUUCACAAUAUUAUUAUUUCAUCUUGUAUAUAUGAUUCAGUUAAGAAUCUUAAGAUCAUGAUACUACUACAAAUAAGCUUGUGACUUCUUGCCGAAGAUAGAAGAGGAGAAAAUCUGAAAUACUCUCAAGUGAAAUAGCCCACUCAGAUUUUAAGAUGAGAUUUGUUACUCAUUGCUCGAUUGACAUUGAUAUUGUCUGUGCUUGAGAAGCAUACCCCCAAAAAAAAAACAAAGAAAAGAUAGAAAGUUGUAACUCUGUCAACUUGAGUUCAAAUGACCAAUCUAAUUUUUUUUUUCAACCUCAAAAAAGAAUGCAUCUCUCUCUCUCUCUCUCCAUGUCCUUGAGUUGCAGGUCUUGUUACGUUACAGAUUGCUGCAACAGUUUGUGCACAACUUCAAGCUGUUGAGCUAUCUUUGAGACUGACCUUGUGAGUAAGUAUUCUGUCUUCGUCUUUAAUAAUUUGUGAGCAAAAGUAUCUCGUGUUAAAGGGAAGGUGCUGACUUCCACCGAAGCUCCAAAAGUUUAAAAAAAAAAAACCUAAUAAGAUCUACACGAGAAUGAUAUUUAUCUGUUGUUCUUUCUGAAUGAAAGGCCAUGACAAAGCCAUACAUGAGAGAGAAAUAGCAUCUGGCUACUUAUUACAAGAUCAUAAGCUGGGAAAGGCAUAUAUAGCUAAGGUGGCUUCCAUGAGAAAAUGUAUUCUGAUUCUGUUCAAUGAGCUUCCUUUGCAUGCCAAUUUGUGUAGGGAAUUGCUUCUUUAAAGCAGUGAUGAUCGAUGUAUCACUGUCCAGUUUUGUAUUAACUGGUGCCUUGUUUGUUAUUUCACUCGGGCAUGGGCAUUUUUGUUGGUUGUUAUCUGUAUUAGCAAAUAGGCUUGAGCUUGACAAACUUGUGAAAGCAUUCCACAGCUCCCUAGUUGUAGCUUAAUUGAACACUCUGGAGAAAGCAUGCGUAACUGUAGGGAAUAAGACGCAUAGUAGUCUUUUGAA